AUAAUUUGUUUUCUUUAAUUGUGAUUUAAUUUAAUUGUGAUAGAAAUUGUUAAUUAUCGUUAAUAUCUUCAUGUUGAUUGGCAGUUUUUUCUAAGGUGGUUUUGUCAACAAUUAAAUCAUUUCUCUCUCUAAUCAAAAUAAUGUUGACGGUUCUUCAUUUUGAUUUCCAUUGUUUUUUUAGUUCUUCUUUUACCUAAUCCGUUAAUAUGUUAAAAUGUUUAAUUGUUUCAAUUUUGAUAGCAAAAUGGUUGAUUGUUUAACCUUUUGUAUUUAAUUGUUUCUCAUCUCUCCAGUGAUUAAAAUGAUGGCGUUGUUAUUAUCUACAAUAAAUGAGAAUCAAUUUCUCUCUAUCUCUCUCUUUCUCUAUCUGUGUUUAUGAUGAACAAUUAAUGUGAUCCAAAUCAAUCAAUUGACUUUUACUUCAUCAUCAUCAUCAACUAUCAUCAUCCUCAUCAUUCUCAUCAACACUUAUUCUCUAUCAAAGCCAUCUGUGAAUCUAAUCAACUAAUCUUGAGCGAGAGAGAGAGAGAGAACGAAAAAAGAAAAAAAAGAAAGUAAAAAAGAAAGAGAAAAUGGGAGAAUAGAAUAUUUUUGUUCGAAAAAGAGAAGAGAGAAAAGAGAAUCAAGAGAACAUGUUAGUUGGAUGUUAAUCUACCUGAACAACUGUUCAGUUCAUUUAUUUAUAUUUUCCUUUGAAUUUACUGUAGAAUUAACAGCUUUUUUUCUCUCUUUUUUCUAAAAUUCUAUUUCUCUCUCUCUCUCUCCAAAUCAUCAAUCUAAUCAAUAUGUAACCUUCCAUUAAUUAUGUGUUUCUUUCAUCUGUUUACACCUGAUGAUGGAAAAUAAAAGUUCCAUGUUCAUUUUGAAAGGAAACCGGAUAGAGAAAUAAUAAAAUAAACAAAGACACACACACACAGACACAAAUACGACAACAAUGGUGAUACCUUUUCAAGACAUUAGAUUAAUAUCUUAUAAAAGAUAUUUAGUAUUAAUAGUUGCCUUAUUAACAAUAGUAAUUAGUCAAUUUGGUUUAACUGUUUUGUGCCAAUCAAAUGUUGGUUUUUAUACCAAUCAGUUUGCUGUUCAAUUACGACCAGGAACAAGUGAACAAGAUGCUCAACAAUUGGCUUCUACUCAUGGAUUUAAUUAUAAGGGAAAGAUUGGGCGUUUAGAUAAUCAUUAUCUAUUUGAUCACCAUGGGAUUUCAAAACGAUCAACUGAUCAUUCCCAUGAACAUCAUACUAAACUCAAGGAUGAUGAUAGAGUUAUGUGGGCUGCGCAACAAAUAGCCAAGCCUCGAGUGAAACGAGGUAAUCAAGAUAUUCCGGAAACGAUUUCAGAUCCACUAUUCAAAGAGCAAUGGUAUAUUAAUAAAGGAGCUCGUGAUGGUUAUGAUAUGAAUGUUGCUGCUGCUUGGAAAAAAGGAUUCACCGGUAAAGGUGUGGUUGUCACUAUUCUUGACGAUGGUAUUCAACCUAAUCACCCUGAUUUAGCAGCUAAUUAUGAUCCAUUGGCAAGUUAUGAUGUAAAUAGUAAUGAUCCUGAUCCAACUCCUCAGGAUAAUGGAGAUAAUAAACAUGGUACUCGAUGUGCUGGUGAAGUAGCUGCUGUAGCAGGUAAUGAUUUUUGUGGUGUUGGGAUAGCAUUUAAUUCAAGUAUCGGAGGAGUCCGGAUGUUGGACGGAGUUGUUACCGAUGAAGUUGAAGCUCGAGCUCUUGGCCUUAAUCCAGAUCAUGUUCACAUUUAUAGUGCCUCAUGGGGACCAGAAGACGACGGGAAAACGGUUGAUGGACCUGGUAGGCUUGCGAAACGCGCUUUUAUCGACGGAAUUAAAAAGGGUCGCAGAGGAAAAGGAUCGAUAUUUGUUUGGGCCUCAGGUAAUGGUGGUCGACGUGAUGAUAAUUGUAAUUGUGAUGGUUAUACCAAUUCAAUUUAUACCUUAUCGAUAAGUUCAGCUACUCAAAGUGGAACCAAACCUUGGUACCUUGAGGAAUGUUCAUCAACCUUGGCGACAACUUAUUCUAGUGGCUCCCUGGGUCGUGAUCAGAAUAUUGUAACUGUUGAUAUGGAUACUUCUUACUUCGAGUCUAUUGAAAAUGGUUAUCCACCUGAUGCUUCCCGUCUUUGUACCAAAUCACACACCGGAACCUCUGCAUCAGCUCCUAUUGCAGCCGCGAUUUGUGCUCUUGCCUUGGAAGCAAAUCCAAACCUUACCUGGCGUGAUAUGCAGCAUAUUGUUGUUCGAACCUCACGUUUUGAACCUUUGAAAAAUGAAGAUGGCUGGUUUACCAAUGCUGUUGGUCGGAAUAUUAGUCAUAAAUUUGGUUAUGGUUUGAUGGAUGCUGAAGCAAUGGUUGAUUUAGCUGAGAAAUGGCAUCCAGUUCCACCUCAGUUAAUCUGUGAAUCCCCUGUUCGUGAGGAGAAACUUUUAAUCCCUGAGAAUCCAGCAGAUCAGUUAGAGGUUUCACUCAACUGGACUGGAUGUUCAGGAACUUCUGACGAUAUCAAUUAUCUUGAACAUGUUCAAACUCGCGUUGAUUUACGAUUUCGACCCAGAGGAUCAUUGAAAUUAACCCUUAUUUCACCUUCUGGUACAGUUUCCAAUCUUCUAACUCCUCGAGUAAAAGACGCUGUUGAUGUCGCUUUUGAACAAUGGCCUUUCCUUUCAGUUCAUUUUUGGGGUGAAAAUCCCCGUGGAGUUUGGCGAUUAAUAAUUAAAAAUGAUAUUUCUCCAGCCGAAAAACCUGGUGAACUAAUUUCUUGGGGAAUGACUUUUUAUGGUGUUAAUGAACCAAUACCAAACUAUGAAGAUUCUUCGAGGCCAGUUCGUUUUCUUCCUCCUCGAAUACCAUCCAAAUGUCCUAAGGCAACUUUUAUGAACCUAGAGACCAAUGAAUGUGUGAAAGAUUGUCCAGAAGGAACCUAUGGAAAUGUAGAGACAAUUGAAUGUAGCAAAUGUAAUUCUCAAUGUAAAACUUGCUACGGACCAUUAUCAGAGAAUUGUAUUACUUGUGAUAAAACUAAUAAUCGAUAUUACUACGGUGAUCAUUGUCUAACCAAAUGUCCUGGAGGCUAUUAUGCCGAUAAAAAGUACGGUGAAUGUCUUCCCUGUUCACGAAGUUGUAAAACAUGUUCUAAAACUCGAGAUCAAUGUACAUCAUGUAACAUGAACUGGCGAUUAGAGUCAAAGAAAAACAAAUGUUCACCCGUUUGCGAAGGCUCUUUGUGUAACAAUGUCGCCAAACAAUGUCCAGACCAUUGUACUUCAUGUAAUCCAUCACAAAGAUCAUCAUUAUCAUCCUCAUCAUCUAAAUUGACUUGUAGCUCAUGUCAAACAGGUUAUCGUCUAUUGGAAGGAUUUUGUUCAACCAAUCAAUGUCCAUCUAAUUAUUAUGAGUCAACAUCAAUUGAAAAUAUCGAUAAUAAUAUAAAAGCAUCUCUUGAAUGCCGAAAAUGUCAUGAAUCAUGUGAAACUUGUUCUGGUCCAUCUCAUUCACAAUGUAAAAGUUGUUUUAAUUCAGCUCCUUUAAAGGAUGGCUUCUGUCUCCCUUGUCCAUCGGGGGAAUAUUUUAAUUCAUUAACAAAAUCUUGUGAUGUUUGCCAUGAAUCUUGCUCAUCAUGUUCAGGACCAAGUUCCAAGGAGUGUAUCGAGUGUCGAUUCCCAUUAUUUUUAGAAUCAAAUCGUUGUUUACCUUGUUGUAACCGAAAAUCAUCAUCAUCAUCAUCUCAUUCAAACUCAUAUUCACCAUUAGAUUUUAAUUUAUCAAACACUUUAAGUAAAAAUAGUAAUAAUAACAAUAAGCACAAAAAAACAUCUAAUUCAAACAAUAAUCAUCUAAAUUGUUGCCAUUGUGAUAGUUCAUCAGGUCCAUGUUCAGUUCCAGCUAAAACUCGAAGUAUUUCCAUGUCAACGGAUACAAAUGGUGGAAACAAAAUAACCUCAAACGCUUAUAAUUCAAACUAUGGACCAAACGGAAUGGAAUUAAAUUCACCCAAUCGAUUUGAAAAGCUAAUCAAAAGUCCGCCAACUGUGAUAAUCGUGAUAUGUUUCUCAUCUUUAAUUACCAUCACCAUAAUCUUCUUAUUACUUCAGAUGAUCUCAACCUUUCGAUCAACUUCAGGAGGAGGAAUCGGUGGAAAUGGAGGAUUAUUCACCUCUCGAAACUCUCGUCGUUACCAGAAGAUCUCUAAUUGUUCCAGUUACAAUUCUAAUCAGGAUAAGGUUAUCCUUAAUUGUUACAAUGAAGACGAAGAUGACGAGGAAGAGGAAGAUCGUCUAUUUGAAAAAACAUAAACAAUCAACUAAUCGUACUAAUGAUAUUGUAAAAUUUAUAUUCAAUUAACCUCUUCUCCUCUCUCUCUCUCUCUCGUUCAUUUGAAUAUGGACAUUAUGUACCAAAAGCUUAAUUUAAAUUGUUCCAACGAUGAGAAAGUUAAUCAACAACAAAAAAAAACACGAAAAAAAGUCAUAAAAAGUGAUGAUUACAAUCAACUAAUUACUAUUAACUAAAAGUGUAUUGUACUUAUUUGCAUAUUGUAAUCAAUUGUAAACCAAUUUUAUCUUGACAUUUUAUUUUUUUUUUGUUAAUUUAACAAGAAAUAAAAUCAAUAACAAAGUUAAA